AAAGAAUGGUUAUGCCUCAACUGCCAGACCCAAAGAGCUCUCUCUGGCCAGUUGGGACGAUAUGCCCCCUCCACCAUCUCCAGUGAAGAAGCAACUAUCCACACCUACCCCUACCCCUCCUGCCUCCCCUGCCAAAGUCCUUGCUUCCCCAGCUGCUGCUGCUGCUGCUUCUCCAUUAACAAGGAGCCCCUCAGUCACUCAGGCAGAGGCAGCAGCAGCAAAGGAAGACACCCAGCCGCUUCCCAUGUCCAAGGUAGUACCAGAACACACCCCGCCCCAAACACCCGACGCUGCGUCUGCAAACACAGAUGCCACACCCAUCCCACCUGAGCAUGCCGCCCCUCCCUCUGAUAGUGUCCCAGAGGAGAAAGACCCAGAACAGGCUGAAUUGAUAGAAGCUAUAUCUGAGACUACACUGGAUGAGCCUGUGCCAGAGAGUGUAGUGGAGAGUGCUGUCAAGGCCCCGGCAGUGGAGAAAGACCCAGAGCAGGCUGAAGUGAUAGAAGCUAUAUCUGAGACUACACUGGAUGAGCCUGUGCCAGAGAGUAUAGUGGAGAGUACUGUCGAGGCCCCGGCAGUGGAUCAUCCAGAGAGUAUUGCAGAGAAAGUUACAGAAGAACAGUCACCACCUGACACUACUCAGGCAGAAUUAGAUUUCCAGCCUGCAGUUGUAGAGGAGCCAGUCAUUGCUCCCCCUGUAGAGAAUGUGUCAGUAAAGCCUAUUGAGGCAGCACCCGAGCCAACUCCAAGCCCAGAUACAGUGCAGAGUGAGUCUACAGCAAAUGAGAGCUCACCGGCUCCCUCUGCAGGUAGUGAGAAAGAGGAGCCCAUCCCAGAGAAGGUUCUUGAAGAGGAAGCUAAGCCGGUAGAGCCAGAGGUGAUUCCAACACCUGAAACGGUCACACAGGAAACUACUGUCCAACCUGACCAAUCACCAGAGCCUGAACCGCCAGCUCCUGUAGUCACUGAGGAGGAAGGGAAAGCAGUAGUGACUGAGGUAGAACCUAGCCAGCCACCUAAAGCUGAGGAGCCAGCUCCUACACCUCCUGCAGUCACCGAGCAGGAGGAGAAACCUAAAGAGCCAGAGCCUCAAGCAACUACUGUUGAGCAGCCUCCAACUGAGGUGUCUUCAGUAGGUACAGGUCCAGUAGCAGAGAGUUCAGCUGUGGAGACUAAGAUGGAACCAGAGGCAACGCCAGAGGUGGCUCAUGCUCCACCAGCUAAGGUUGCAGAGAAUUCAGCCCCAGCUCCCGAAGCCUCUAUUGAGCCGGUAGAGGCUCCUGCAUCUCCCAAACCAGCAGAGCCAGAGCCAGAGCCUGUGCCUCCACAAAAAGAGGAGGUGCCCUCUGCGGUAGAGGAAACACCCCCUGUAGUUGCUGAGAAUGAACAGCCUAAAGAGGUAGAGACCAUUCCACAAACUGAGGCAGUUGAGUCUGUAGCCCCAUCUCCUCCUCUAGUUACUGAUAAAGUAGAGGAGAAACCGGUAGAGGAGGCAAAGCCAAUUCCGCCAGCCCAAGUUGAGGAGAAGCCUGUAGAGAAGGAGGCAGAGCCAAUUCAGCCAGCCCAAGUUGAGGAGAAGCCUGUAGAGAAGGAGGCAGAGCCAAUUCCGCCAGCCCAAGUUGAGGAGAAGCCUGUAGAGGAGGAGGCAGAGCCAAUUCCGCCAGCCCAAGUUGAGGAGAAGCCUGUAGAGAAAGAGGCAGAGCCAAUUCCGCCAGCCCAAGUUGAGGAGAAGCCUGUAGAGGAGGAGGCAGAGCCAAUUCCGCCAGCCCAAGUUGAGGAAAAGCCUGUAGAGAAAGAGGCAGAGCCAAUUCCGCCAGCCCAAGUUGAGGAGAAGCCUGUAGAGGAGGAGGCAGAGCCAAUUCCGCCAGCCCAAGUUGAGGAGAAGCCUGUAGAGAAGGAGGCAGAGCCAAUUCCGCCAGCCCAAGUUGAGGAGAAGCCUGUAGAGAAGGAGGCAGAGCCAAUUUCGCCAGCCCAAGUUGAAAAGAAGCCUGUAGAGAGAGAGGCAAAUCCAAUUCUGCCAGCCCAAGUUGAGGAGAAGCCUUUAGAGAAGGAGGCAGAGACAAUUCCGCCAGCCCAAGUUGAGGAGAAACAUGUAGAGAAGGAGGCAGAGCCAAUUCCACCAGCCCAAGUUGAGGAGAAGCCUGUAGAGAAGGAGGCAGAGCCAAUUCCACCAGCCCAAGUUGAGGAGAAGCCUGUAGAGAAGGAAGCAGAGCCAAUUCCACCAGCCCAAGUUGAGGAGAAGCCUGUAGAAAGUGAGGCAGUAGUAAAGAAAGUACCAGAGGCUUCUCCUGCACCUCCUGCUGCUGAACCAGUAAAUGUUAGCCCUGAGAGAGAUGCAGAAAGGACAGAGUCAGAAACAGGCGUUGAACCCAGCCCAGCAGUCAAAGCAGAGGAGCCAAUUUCACCAUCCCCUGUUGAGAAGAAAGUCCCUGAACAGCUCCCAGGACCUGAACCACAAUUAGCUAAAGUUGAUCAGAUCCCACCUCAGGAGGCUGUAGAAGCUCCAGCACCAGUAGUAGAAAAAAACACAACUGAAACUGAGGCUGGAGCAGAACGUGUAGGUCAGAAAGAGGAAAAUCAGACAUAUGUGGAUACAAAGGUUGAACCAGAGCCAACAGCAGAUAAUAAGGCUGAAAAAGCCCAGGAUGAGUCUACUCCCCCAGCUUCUGAAGCUGACGAGCAUGAAAAGGUCAAAGCAGAGCAGGCAGAACAAGCUGUAGAGGCAGCGUCACCAUCAUCUGUUGCUAGUGAGCCACAAGCCCCUGAGAACAUUUCUGAGGAGAAACCCACACAGGAAGGAAAAGAAGCUGAAGUUCCAACGCCUGGCAGCAUAGCUGAAAAUAAACAAGAGGUGUCUAUAGCUGAGAGUAGGCAGCCAACUCCUACUGUGUGUGAUGAGAAAGCAGUGCAAGAGAAAGAGUUACCCAAAGAAGAUGAAUCCGAGCAAACUCCAAAGACAGACUCUGUGUCUGAAUGCAUUCAGCCAGAGAAAGAUAACGUGGUUGUGUCACCACCUGUAGUUAGUGAAAAGCAGGAAACCUAUUUCAGUAUCAGAAGUGAAAGCUGUGAGUGCCAGAGAGGGCAGCGUAGAAGACAAAACAACACCAGAGCAGACUAAAAUAUCUGAAACUGUGUCUGAAAAUGUGUUUGUAGCCCCAGCCCCUGUAGUAGAACCUGACACCCUAGUCCCUGUAGUUGGUGAACAGGACGAAGACAAACCCCUGAAUGAAGAGAAGUCAAUGCCUGAAAUUCCAGAGUUAAUAGAGGCUGAAGUGGAUGCAGUUGGAGAGGUGACUGUAGUAUGUAGCAACAGUAGUGGCUGAAAAGUAGAUGAUUCAAGUCAGAAGGGCUCUAUUCACAAAUGUUUCUACAGACCUUUUGGUUAUGUAAAAUAAUCUACAGAUAUCAGUUGUCUUCCGUAUAUACAUCUUCAUGUCUCCAUUUUAAAUGUUCCCAAUCAUAUGUAAUGUUUUUGAUCAAUUUUGGAUGAUUAUCAUCUACAUAUUUAUUAUACAAUAAUUGUGUUUUAUUAUUUUCAUUUACAGGCAACGGUGAAAGAGCCUGGAGAAAAAAACACAGUCGCCAAGCAUAGCAGUCCCACCAGCCCCUCAGAUCUUGCCAAGCUUGAGAGCACUGUCCUUCCCAUACUAGGGGCCCAGGCUACACAACCAAAGAACGAUUCGGACAAACUAACCGACUCACUCAAGGCCAGACGCAAACUUGAGGUGCUACCCCUCUCACCUGAAUCUCCCAGCACAGAGGAUGACCCAGAACUCUCAGAGAAGAAGGACGCCUCAGCAAAGAAAAGGCUGCUGGUGCCGACAGACAUCAGGGGUGACUCGUUGGAGGACAGCAGUGAGAGCUUAGGGAAAGAUAGUCCCAUGUCAGGGGAUGACGAAGACUUCAUUCGUAAACAUAUCAUGGAGAUGAGUGAGAACGAGGACGCUUCGCCGUCUGAUGAAGAAAACCUAAUCCGGCGAAAGAUCCGAGAUCAGGAGAGGAAACGAAUGGAGCAGGAGAAAGGGGAGGGGAAGGAGAGAAGCGCAACUUCAAAAGGCAGGCGGCUCCUCAAGAAGAGCACCAUCAGCCCUGAGGACGAAGAUGAGCGGAAACUCUCACUGGAUAAAGCUGACGAGGCAUGGAAAGAGGGAUCGGAACCCAAAGUUUCAGACUCUCAGGAAGGGGAACAGCCUUCAGGGGAUAGAGGCGUGGCAGUCCACCAAUUCAGAACCAUCGAGCUCAACACGACUAGCACCCCUGUGCGCAUACCGGGUACAUCAGAUGAUGGAGAGCUUGAGAUGGAAAGCCUCAACAACUCCCCUGACGAUCGCUCCAGGGGUGAUGGGUCCUCCAGCCUGCACGCAUCCAGCUUCACCCCUGGGACAUCGCCUACAUCCCUGUCCUCUUUGGAUGAGGACAGUGACAGCAGUAGUCCCAGCCGCAUGCACAGUGGCGAGGGGAAACAGCACAGGAAAGCGAAGCAUAGACAACAAGGCCAAGGUCUACCCACCAUCGAAGACUCUUCUGAGGAAGAGGAGUUACGAGAGGAGGAGGAGCUGCUAAGAGAACAGGAGAAGCAGAAAGGCUCUGGGAAGAAGUCGAAGAAGGACAAAGAGGAGAUCCGAGCUCAGAGGCGGCGGGAGCGUCCCAAAACACCGCCCAGCAACCUCUCUCCCAUUGAAGAUGCCUCCCCGACAGAAGAGCUGAGGCAAGAGGCAGAGAUGGAGGAGUUCAGGCGAUCAUCCUUAUCGGAUUUCUCUCCCAGCAUCGAGUCAGAACCUGAGGGAGUUGAGAUAAAUGCGGCAAAGAUUGCAGCAGUACAGAAAGUUUACCAACUUCCUACAUCUGUUUCUCUCUACUCUCCAACAGAUGAUCAAGGUGCUAAUAAAAGCCCUGAAAAACGAGCCCUGAAAACUGCAGACGAGGCCUAUGAAGAGAUCAUGCUAAAGGCUAAAACACCCACAAAAGAGAAGGUGGACAUCCCUCUGGGGAAAGAGUCCCUAUAUGGUGGGAUGCUGAUUGAAGAUUAUGCAUGUGAGUCCCUUGUUGAUGGAAAUGGAAAGAAAGUCCAGCGGCAGGAGCCUGAGAAAAUCUCAGUGCCAGCUCAGCCCAAAACACUGAGAUCUCCAGAUGAAGUUUAUGAAGACAUGAUGGAGAAGAAGAAAAAAUUCAUGCAGCUGGAGCAGGAACUGAAAAAAGCACAGUCAGUGUCGGAAAGACCCACACCAGAGAUCGUAUUGCAACCCUGCUGAGCCAACCAGCUCCACAUGUGUUACAGUUACUAUAGGCAAGGAUGGGAAACCACUGCUCGAUGCUGAGGCUGCGUAUGAGGAACUCAUGAAGAAAGUUCUGACUCCUGGGACUAGCCCGACACAGCAGGGUCCUGAUAUAUCUGGGGCGGCCCCUGGUGGUGAGUUGGAAGGCACUGAAUCCAGAAGGGCUCUGCAUCCCAUACCAGACCUGAGGGUUACGCAGUUCUCCUCAGGGGAGGAGGACGCUGAUGAAGAGGCCAGUGAGACCAACAGUAAGGAUAAGCCAAAGACUUCAUCAGACAUUCCUAAAGCUGAUCAGGCACCCGUAACAGUUGCAGAAACAGAGCCCAAAUCAGUUGCUUGCGAGGUCCCCCCAAUCAACAACUUCAGACCAACCACAGAUGACCAUUGAAACUUCCCAGGCUGACCAGCAUGUGAGCGUAAGCCAACAGGAUGUCAUGGACCUGUCUAGUAUGAAGUCCUUCAGCCCCUGCUGUUGCCAGUGUAUCACCCUUACCCACUGUCCCUCAGUACACCACCACUGUCCCCAGCGUAGCCUCAACCGCCCCACCAGUGCCCCCCAAACCAGCCGUCCUGCACAUGGCUCUGUCUCAGGAAAAAGCAGAUGUUCCUGAACCCCCUCCACUGCCCCCUCCCACCAUGCCAAAGCCAUCGGUUUACCCCAGGAAACCCCCUGUUCCGCUUCCACCUCAGGCCACAAUCAGGUCAGAACCUGUUGCCAUGACAACAGCCCAAGGGUCGCCGGUAAGACAACCUCACGUCCCCCCACCGGUUCCUCCAAAGCCAGCCAUCCCCGCUGGAAUGGGGUACAGCCACAGGCCAGGGGAAAAUGUCAAACCACCCCUUGCUCCGAAACCUGUCUCUCAGCCUGGCUCUCCUGCCCACAUCCAAUAUCCAAGACCCACCGCCCUCCACACAGGCCAUGCUGAUAUAGCCCUGAAUCUGAGCCCCUCAGCUGAAAGCAGGCCAGGUCACUUCUCAGGUCACUCCUCGGGUCACUCCUCCGGGUCACUCCUCGGUUCACUCCUCGGGUCACCCAUCCCCCACUUCUCCGCGAUACGGCAAUCGAUACGACACCUACGUGGUUAUCACUCUGCCAUCCCAGCCCAGCUCUCCAGUGGAAGGGAUCACCACCCAGGCCCCAUCCAGUCCUGGUCCAGCAUCUCCUUCAAGACAUGCCCAACCUCCACCUCAACCUCAAACACAGUAUCAACCACAACCUCAACCCCAGAAACAACCACAGCCACCUCCACCACACACAAA